AUGUUACCCCAAGCUUCUGGCAUUAGAGAACAACAAUUUUCCACUAUGCGAGAAUCGAACGAGUUAAAGAACCUUGAACAGAAUUACGAGAAUGCCAUUCUAGCAUUAAACCGCCUGCAGUCAAACUUUAGUGUCCUUAAAGAUUCAAUUGCAAAGAAACACCAGAAUGAAAACAAGCAUAUUAGCGAUACAAUAAAGUAUCUUGAACGUGUGGACAUUUCUCUAGAUAUGCUAGACAAAUUACCGGCAAUACACAUAUCAGGAACUAAGGGAAAGGGUUCAACAUGUGCUAUGGUAGAAUCGAUUUUAAGAGCGAGUGGAUAUCGCACUGGUUUCUUCAGUUCACCACAUUUAGUGUCUGUUACAGAACGCAUUCGUUUAAAUGGUAUACCAAUGUCAAAGAACUUAUUUUCCGAACAUUUUUGGAGAAUCUAUAACGCAAUAUCAGCAUCCCGAGACCACAUUAAUGAUGUACCGUCAUAUUUCUGUUUUCUCACUAUAUUGGCGUUUGAUGUGUUCUUACGAGAAAAGGUUGAUGUUUGUGUGAUUGAAGUAGGCAUUGGGGGUCGAUAUGACUGUACGAAUGUCCUACGGAAGACGUCUACAAUAGGUAUAUCGUCGCUAGGAUUGGAACACACCAAAUUGCUAGGAAGCACGCUGGAGGACAUUGCUUGGCAAAAGGCAGGUAUCAUUAAACCAGGAUCGGAGGUUUUUACGGUAAUACAACCAUCGCAGUGCAUAGCAGUUAUCGAAAAAGAGUGCCGCAAAAUGCAGAGCAAAUUACACAUAACACCUUCUCAAUUGGCAGAAUACCAGUGGAAUCCGAAACAUAUGAUAUUGACAAACACUAGCAAAGUUUUUGAGCUUAAUACAUCCCUAGCUAUUCAGAUUGCUACAAACUGGAUACAAAAAACCUGCCCUAAAUUUCAACCGAAACCCGAAACGAUGGUGAUAUCAAAAGAGAUUGCUUACGGAAUUAACAAUUGUUUUUGGCCUGGAAGGUUACAGCAAAUAUCGCAAGAUAGCUCAAAAACCCUGUAUCUCGAUGGGGCUCAUACUGUGGAAAGUAUUGUUAUAUGCGGUGACUGGUUUCGUUCACAGUCCGAUAGUAAACACAAACGUCUGCUAAUUUUUAAUACAACCGGUGAGAGAGAUUCCAGCCAAUUGCUAUCUACACUUUCACGGAUGAUACAAUUUGAUGCAGCAUUCUUUGUUCCAAAUGUGCCAUCUUCCGCUGGAGUGUGGGCUGAUGCCAUAAACCACAAUUUUCCACUUGAGUUACAGUUGCAGCGAUGCAAGCAGAAUUGUGCCAUAUGGGUUGAUACAUUAAAAAAUAUGCAUGCAUACGUGCAUGAUUCAAUCGAAUCUGUAUUUGAACAAAUUGAACGCGAGACUCUACAUGUAGAGGAACCAUGCGAUAUUUUGAUAACCGGUUCUAUUCAUUUAAUAGGCGCAACUUUUACAGCACUGAAAUUGGAAAAGUACGUUUACCCAUCUACUUUACAGAAUCCACAGAACAUACCUAGUUAGCUUCAUACAGUAUAUGCAGAACCUCAAACUUAGAACAUGUGCAGUUGAAUAAGUAAAUCGGCUGUAUAAUUAAGAAGCUUUAUACAAAUUAUAACACAACUUCGACAAUUCCUAGUACACAAAAGAGAUAAAAAAUACAUAUGUUGUGACCUUGUCAUGUUACAUAUAAUUAUAUAGUGUCUA